AUAGAUAGAUAGAUAGAUAGAUAGAUAGAUAGAUAGAUAGAUAGAUAGAUAGAUAGAUAAUUUAUUUAUUUAUUCGGGAGUAAGGCAGUGCACCAUGAGCUGGUCCAGUGUCUUGUGCGUAUGCAUAUGUCUGAUGCACAUUGUGAACUUUCACUGUAAUGCUUUUUUUUUUUAUAAGGGAUUUAAACACACACACACUUAUGCUCUGGUCUCGCCGAGGCUGGGCGUCUCUCCUGAAAAAAUACCAAAAAUAGCCCAGGCUUGGCGCUCUUCUCUGGGAAACUGCUCUGCACUGAGGGGAAAAUGGCCACCGGUUUGCCAAUAACGCAGCAAAUCUGCAGCUCUUUCCCUUCAACUUGUUCCGCCACAUCUGCUGUUCCCCUUUCCGAGGUAGCGGAUUGCCCUGUCUACGAUCACCGCGGUGUUUGCAUACCUUUUAAGAGUUUAUAUCAAAACCACAGAGCUAUCAUUAUUUUUGUGAGGAAUUUCUUGUGCUACACAUGUCAGGAAUAUGUUGAAGACUUAAGCAAAAUACCACAAGAAAUGUUAUUGGAUGCUGACGUUCGGCUUGUUGUUAUUGGACAGUCAAGCUAUUCCCAUAUAGAGGCUUUCUGCUCACUGACAGGUUAUCAACAUGAAAUUUAUGUUGAUCCAGAGCAACAUAUUUAUAAGAAACUUGGAAUGACAAGAGGGGAGAUCUAUGAGGGAAAAGACUCUCAAAGCCCACAUGUGAAAUCCAGCAUGCUUGUUGGCAAUAUAAAGAGCAUGUGGCGUGCCAUGACCAGUCCUGUCUUUGAUUUCCAAGGAGAUCCUCUCCAGCAAGGGGGAGCACUCAUUAUUGGCCCAGGACCCAACCUCCAUUUGGCACAUUUUGAUAUGAAUCGAUUUAACCAUAUGCCCAUCAAUGGGUUGCUUCAGCUGGCUGGAAUGCAGGUGGUUGACUUUAACAGACACUCCAGGAUUAUUGACAUAUGAGCGCUUUCGUUUGCACUCAGCUUUUACACAGAGUUGUAAACGCCACCUCUUUUUGUUGCAACAUGUUCAUAAAGGUGACAUAACAGGAUAUCUACUGAGAUCUGGCAUCAUCUGAAGCCUGUAACAUUUUAAAAACUUUAAACUUAACUGGCACUGCAGGUUGAUGCUGAGAGAUACAAAAACUUGUUUAUGAUUUUUGUGGUAAACAUAUUCAAUACAUAUUUGUACUUCAGCCUAAAUUUCAAAAUCAUUAGAAGUGAUUUGUGAUGUAAUAUAUAAUAUAUACACUUCAUCACAAAUCACUUCAAACGAAGCACAGGCAAUUAAAUGGCAUUAAAAUAAUAUACACUAUAUGGGUUUACAAUUGCAUGAUUGAAAGAGACUAUGAAUUUCAGCAGGACUUCUUCCUGCUUGUAUAAAGAGCCCAAAUGUAUAUAACCUUACAUUCCUAUAUGUCUGGUUGUUUUGUCUGAAAGAUAUAUGCUUUGUUUGUGAAUGAUUAAAACAUUCUAUUUGAAAAA